GCCUCUGCUUGAGGACCCACCCUGUCCAUCAUCAUCGCUGAAGUCAGAGUCAUAGCCACCACCUCCGUGCACCUAAGAUAAUCAGAAAAGAGAAGAGAAAAAGGAGGAAGAUUAUGGAAAAUACGUCUUCGUAUCCUUUUACAUGCAUAUUAAUACUGGCUUUGUCACUUUGUUGUUUCAAAUUAAGAUGCUGUUUUGGGGAUAUUAAAACUGAAUGUUGUAGAUCUAUAGGCUACAAACUGAAGUGCCUCUGGAACAGUUCUUUGGUUUGGUCACUUUAUAUGAAACUGUGCGUGAAAAGCCUAAUUCAUCAAUUAACAUUUCUUCAAUAUUUAUGAGAGUUCAGGCUAUUAUCCAUCACAAAAACAUGGUUCAAUGAAUAAUCUAGACCUUUUGAAAGAAACAGGACGAGUACAACACCAGACAUUGACUUUCAUUUUAGAACAAAUGGCCCAGUUACACUUGAUGAUGAUUAAUUGGGAUAAUAUCGUUCAUUUCCGCUGAGGGAGAUUAUGAGGACGCAUGUAGGCGUUUGAACUGUGGAUGGAAAAUAAAGAGGGUUAUUAUGCUAUUUGAACGUUUCCAUAGAAUUGAGUCCCUGGGUCAUUAGAGGUGGCAGGGGUGAAAGUUCGCCACUGUCUGGGAACAGAAGUCCAGUGUUUCAUGAACUCAACAGAGCGGAUAAUGUGGGACUGAGGAAAGACAGAAAGUUUGGGACAAAUGAUAUAAAGAGCAUCAUUUGUUGUCUGAGAAAAGAAGAAAUAUUUAUGAAAUUCAGAAUUGUGUUUUUCCAUGUAUGUUAGUCCACGACUAUAAAUAAAUUCACUAUUAUAAAUUCAUUAUCUGGGCAGUAAGACUACGAAGAAAAGAUUUUUGGUGGUAAAAAUAUAAAUUCUGAAGAAAGAAUUGAAGUUUUAUCAAACAUUUCUGUGCAGUCACUCAUUUAAUAUUUUAUGUUUAUUUUAAUCAUGUGGACUAAGCUCGUCUUCUUUUCUCAGUUAAUGUCAUUAUUAUGCCAAAGCAGGGAAGAAAAGAGGCAGCAUUUGAAUGAGUGAGGCAGGUGCAUUUGCACAGAGCUCAUGAAUAGCCGCUUCCCAUUUGCCAUGCACGGCUCUGAAGCGCGCAUAAAUAAUAGCUGGCACUGCUGAUAAAAAAGCGCACCUUGGGGCCUCCCCCCCUUCUCCUCCUUCCCUCUCUCUUUCUUCCCUUCUCUUUCUCUCUCACGGGAAUUUACGCUUUUAUUUUUUUUCCUUUCAUGGCUGCAGCUUUGAGUCUGCAAGACAACUUCUUUGUAUGCAGCAGACUAAUUAGAAAUAGAGUUUUUUUAGCAGCGUAUUUUCAUUUGGGAGAUUGAGAUAAUUCCUUUUCAUGACAAAAAUCUGAGAGUGUAUUCUGCUCUUAUGUCCUGUCUGUCCCGCAUUUGUAAUCCUGCGCUUUGCAGAACGAAUCCGCUGGACUGGUGCCUUCCUAUUGAGACGCAAGAAGCAUAGACACAAGCCUGCAUCCGAGCGCAACAACACCAGCCUCUAUCGUUAAAAUAAACAAGAUCUAUACAAAUAUAUAAAUAUAAAAAAAUAAGAAAACACUGCAAGAUUGCCUGUUAAAUCCUGUGUUUACUGUUCGCGGAUUUUGCCGAGAAGUUGCAUGUGCAGGAGUGACAGUACUCGGCCGGGACAGAAGGAAUGGGAUACCCGGGCAGAGCAGUGAGAAGAUGGAGAGGAUGGACGCUCUUGGUUUGGGUCGUCGCUGUCAGCUUGGUUGUAGCAGACGGACGGAGAGUGAGGCAGCCGAGAUGUCCCUCUGGAUGUAUUUGCACCAAAGAUAAUGCCCUGUGUGAGAAUGUAAGAUCCGUGCCUCACACUUUCCCCUCCGACGUCUUUUCAAUAUCUUUUGUCAAGUCUGGAUUUAAUGAAAUCACAGGGGGAAGCUUUGUUCACACGCCUGCCCUGCAUCUGCUGUUGUUUACAGCAAACUCCUUUGACAUCAUUGAUGAAGAUGCAUUCCUUGGUUUACCGCAUCUUGAAUAUCUAUUUAUUGAAAAUAACAAAAUUGCGUCGAUAUCUCCAUUUGCAUUCCGGGGCCUGAAAGCACUGAUACAUCUGAGUCUGGCUUACAACAAUCUUGAGACGCUGCCCAAGGAUGUCUUCAAGGGCAUGGAUGCUUUGACCAAAGUGGAUCUACGAGGCAACAACCUGAUAUGUGACUGCAAACUCAAAUGGCUGGUGGAGUGGAUGCACCACACCAAUGCCACCCUGGAUGAGAUCUACUGCAGUGGCCCGCCCAUUCACCAGGGGAAGAAGAUCAAUGACCUGUUGCCACACUCUUUUGAUUGCAUCACAGCAGAGUUUGCCCCCUAUCAGUCGCUGAAGUUCGAGUCCAUUUCAGUCGAGGCCUUCACCUUCGGUAAAGAUCAGUAUGUUGUGUUCCCCCAGCCGUUUGCUGGGACGUGCAGCUUCCUGGAAUGGGAUCACGUUGAGAUGACCUUCAGAACCUAUGACACCAUUGAAAGCACCUCCACAGUGGUCUGCAAGCCCAUGGUGAUCGACAACCACCUCUUUGUCAUCGUGGCCCAGUUGUUUGGGGGCUCACACAUUUACAAGCGUGACACCUCCGCCAACAAGUUCAUCAAGAUCCAGGACAUUGACAUCCUGAAGAUUCGCAAACCCAACGACAUCGAGACGUUCAUGAUCGAUGGGGAGUCUUUCUUUGUCAUCGCCGACAGCUCUAAGGCCGGCUCCACAACAGUGUACAAAUGGAACGGCAACGGCUUCUACUCCCACCAGUCACUCCACCCGUGGUACCGGGACACAGAUGUAGAAUAUUUAGAGAUCUCCAACAAACCUCACCUGAUCUUGUCCAGCAGCUCCCAGAGGCCUGUUGUGUACCAGUGGAACAGGAGCCAGAAACAGUUUGACCGCAGGACUGACAUACCAGAGAUGGAGGACGUCUUCUCCGUCAAACACUUUCGGGUCAAAGGUGAUCUGUUUAUAUGCUUAACAAGAUUCAUCGGGGACUCCAAGGUGAUGCGCUGGGACGGUGCCAUGUUCAAGGAGGUCCAGACAUUUCCGUCCCGUGGCUCUAUGGUGUUCCAGCCUGUCUCCAUUGGCAAGUGGCAGUAUGCCAUCUUGGGCAGCGAUUACUCACUGACGCAGGUCUACCAGUGGGACACCAAGAGGGGCCAGUUUCUCCCAUCUCAGGAGCUGAAUAUCCAGGCGCCUCGAGCAUUUUCUGUGGUUUCCAUUGAUGACCGGGUGUUCCUGCUCGCAUCCAGCUUCAAGGGAAAAACUCAGAUAUACGAGCACCUCAUGAUUGAUUUGAGUAAUUAACCCCAUCAUCAGUUGAGGACAAAUUAUGUACACUACCAUUUAAAUGUGAUUUUGUUUAACUUGUCAGUCCAAUUUGAAUCCCCUAGCAAUUCCCACCUCGUUCUCCAUGUGAUAAUUACCCAGAGUGCAAACUGGCUAUCUUUCAGGAAAAACAAACUAUCAUAUCAGUGUUUUUGUCUGAUAUUCAACCUUGUAGGCCUACAACAGUACCUUGACCUACAGUAUGUUUUUGCUAUACUGUUUUUAUUUCUCUUAUCUGAAUUUUAUAGGAAAGAUCUAGGAAUCUGGUAGAGCCGAUAACCAUGUAACAAGAGCUAAAUGCUUCAAUAUUUCAUGGGAAAAGGAGGCAAAAUGCAUCCAGGGUAGCACAUGCAGUUGUAUCCAAAAAACACUAUGGACACAAGAGCCAGUUUUUCUUUCAUUUAAGUCUUCUUUAGUUAAACAAGGCAUUUCAGGAAAAUUACUUUGCAGUAAAAAUAGAUCAUUUAGCACGGGAUGCAACCUCUACUGUGAGGUAUUAGGAUGUUGAUCUCAUUUACCCGCUGGGCAGCUAGUUAACCUGUGUUCUUUUGUUACUUUAAACUUAAAGAAGUAACGCUAAUAUAUGAAACAAAGAGUCCACUAAACAUUGUGAGAAACUGUGAAAACAAAAAACGUCUCAAUUCUGUCUAUUCUCAGAUAAGCAAGACUGUGUGCAUGAUACAGAUACUCAUAGUGUUGAUUCCUGAUGAAUGACUCACUAGAAGCAUCCCACUGUGUCAACCCGCCCUCUCUCUUUCACUGCACCCUUGCCCCUUUUCUCCCUCACUGACAAAACCAUUGUUGUCUUUACUCCACAACUAAAAGCCAACCACUGUGCAGCACCUACUACCUGUGCUUUCACACGGUCCUCUUAUUCUGACACAAAAGAAACAGAAAAUCGAUAACAAUUUAACCACUUCACUGACAACAGUUUGCCAAAUACAGUGUUUAUGUUUUUACAAUACUGUGUAAAGUACUUUAUAUGAUAUUGCUUUUGUAUGUAGAGGGGACCACACUCAAUGUUUUAUUUUUCAUAGACUUUUUUCAUAUAGUGUAGAUAUUAAAAAAAGUAAAAUAAAAAACAAAAACAAGGAUCACCUCCUUAGACACUGUGUAACAUGCAACUUCUGCAAAACAGUAUAGGCUUACUUGUCAGUCUAAUCUAGUUAGGUAAGGAUAGAGGAUAUUCUUUAUUUCUUUGUCAUCUUGCUUAUUGUGUUUUAUGUACAGUAGUAAUAAAAUACUAAA